AUGUUUUGUACUUCACAAACUGGUACGUUCCCUUUCACUGCCACUUUCACUCACUUCCAAGCUGACCGGUUCAGGGGCGUCUACGGCGCCAACUAUCAACCAUCAGAUUUGCCCGCCGACAAGGUCACCCAUCUUCUCUACUCCUUCGCCGACAUUUCCUCGGACGGUACAGUCAUCUCAUCCGACCCCUAUUCAGACACGCAGAAGCUCUACCCCGGCGACACCAGCACCGCGGGCAACGCCAACGGCUGCGUCGGCCAAAUCUACGCUCUCAAGAAGAAGAACCGCAAACUGAAAGUCGUCCUCUCCAUCGGAGGCUGGACCUGGUCCCCCAAGUUCGUCCCCGUCGCCGCCACCGCCGCCGGCCGCCAGACCUUCGCCUCCUCCGCCGUCAAGCUCAUGGCCGACUGGGGCUUCGACGGCAUCGACAUCGACUGGGAGUACCCCGCCUCCUCCACCGAGGCCGCCAACUUCGUCGCCCUGCUCAAGGCAUGCCGCGAGGCCCUCGACGCCUACGCCGCCAAGAGCGCGCCCGGUUACCACUUCGUCCUCACCGUCGCAUGCCCCGCGGGGCCCUCGCACUACCAGCAGAUGGACCUCCGCGGCAUGGACGCCUACAUCGACGCCUGGCACCUCAUGGCCUACGACUACGCCGGCUCCUGGGACACCACGACCGGCCACCAGGCCAACGUCUUCUUCAACCCGUCCACCCCGCUCGCGACCAAGUUCAGCACCGAGGUCGCCCUGACGUACUACCUCGCCCAGGGCAUUCGCUCCAGUAAGAUCGUCCUCGGCAUGCCCCUCUACGGCCGCUCGUUCCUCAACACCGACGGCAUCGGUCUGCCGUACAGCGGCGUCGGCGCAGGCUCCAUCGAGAAGGGCGUCUGGCACUACAACGCCCUCCCGCGCGCGGGCGCCAAGGAGAUAUUCGACGAGAAGGUCGGCGCGCUGUACAGCUACGACUCGAGCUCGCGCGAGCUCGUGUCGUAUGACAACGUGCAGAGCGCGAACUACAAGACGGACUACAUGAAGAGCAAGAGCCUCGGCGGCGCGGUCUUCUGGGAGGCUGCUGGCGACAAGAAGGGGGACGGCAGCCUCGUCGCGGCCGUCGCUGGACGGAUGGGCUCGCUGGACUCGACGCAGAACUUGCUGAGUUAUCCCGGCAGUCAGUAUGCCAACAUCAGGGGCGCUUGA